UUCAGCAGCGGUGGACAUCAUCAGCUCCCUGGCUGGGAACGAUUUGUAAUGGAGCCUCCUCUUGAGCUGCCCGCUGACACAGUGCAACGGCUCGCAGCUGCACUCCAGUGUCACCCAACAGACGAGAGGGUCGCUCUCCACCUUGACGAGAAGGAUGAGCUGAAACACUUCAAGGAAUAUUUUCAUAUCCCCAAAAUGAAGGAUCUGCCUCCAAUUGAUUUAUCUUUAGUGAAUGGAGAUGAAAAUGCCAUCUAUUUCUUGGGAAAUUCUCUUGGCCUUCAACCAAAAAUGGUUAAAACGUAUAUUGAAGAAGAACUGGAUAAGUGGGCCAAAAUGGGGUCCUAUGGUCAUGAAGAAGGGAAACGGCCUUGGAUUACGGGAGACGAAUGCAUAGUGGGCCUUAUGACGGACAUUGUAGGAGCCAGUGAGAAAGAAAUAGCCCUAAUGAACGCUUUGACCGUUAAUUUACAUCUGCUAUUGUUAUCAUUCUUUAAGCCUACACCUAGAAGGUAUAAAAUUCUUCUAGAAGCCAAAGCCUUCCCUUCUGAUCAUUAUGCUAUUGAGUCACAGCUUCAACUUCAUGGACUAAAUGUUGAGAGAAGUAUGCGGAUUAUAAAGCCAAGAGAGGGAGAAGAAACCUUGAGAAUGGAGGAUAUUCUUGAAGUAAUUGAGAAGGAAGGAGAGUCAAUUGCUGUGAUUAUGUUUGGUGGGGUGCAUUUCUACUCUGGGCAACUCUUGGAUAUCCCUGCCAUCACGAAAGCCGGACAAGCAAAGGGAUGUUUUGUUGGCUUUGAUCUGGCACAUGCGGUUGGAAAUGUUGAACUCCACUUGCAUGACUGGGGAGUUGAUUUUGCCUGCUGGUGUUCUUACAAGUAUUUAAAUUCAGGAGCAGGAGGCCUGGCUGGUAUCUUUGUCCAUGAAAAGCAUGCGUAUACCAUCAAACCUGCGUUAGUAGGGUGGUUUGGCCAUGAACUCAGCACCAGAUUUGAAAUGGAUAACAAACUUCAGUUAAUUCCUGGAGUCACUGGGUUCCGAAUUUCAAAUCCUCCCAUGUUACUAGUCUGUUCCUUGCAUGCUAGUUUGGAGAUCUUUAAGCAAGCCACUAUGAAAGCACUGAGGAGGAAAUCCAUUUUGCUGACUGGUUAUCUGGAGUACCUGAUCAAGCAAUACUCCGACACACGCACGGCAGGCGCGAAGGGACCAAUCGUGAACAUAAUUACACCAGCCCAAAUACAGGAGCGUGGCUGCCAGUUAACUCUGAUGUUUUCCAUUCCGAGGACAAAUGUUUUUCAAGAAUUGGAAAAGAGAGGUGUGGUUUGUGACAAACGAGAACCAGAUGGCAUUCGAGUGGCUCCAGUUCCUCUCUAUAAUUCGUUUCAUGAUGUUUAUAAGUUUGUCAAUGUAUUAAUGUCUGUACUUAACUCUACCACACAAAAUGAUACUGAUGUUUUCUAGAUUAACUUCAAAUAACCAACAAUCUUUAGUAUAAUUAACAAUUUAACUAUUGAAAGUGCUUCAUAAAUGAUUUUGUGUAAUUUCAGUUCCAAAUUAUAUACUGCACAGAAAAAUCUGAUAUAGGGUCAAUGUUUGAAACAGCAGGACCCAUUCGCCACUUGGAACAGCUGUAUCCUGUGUUAUAGCCCGUGUUCAAACUCAGUUCUAUUAGUGACCCGUCUUCCUGCUAACUUGCAAUCUUCAGGGCGACAACUGAUGAGUCAUGUACUUGGAUCAUUGCUACCUACAUUGGUGAUUCAAACUGAGUUCCAGGCUCCUGUUUUUGAAAGACCCUGCCCCGGGUUCAGCGGGCAUCUGGGGA